ACUGUCUCAAUGGAAGUGGUACCAGCCUGGGCCCCAGCAGUGGGUUUCACACUCCUGCCCCAUGCAGGAGGAUUUUUAGGAAGCAAGAUAACCAAAAAGGAAAUCCCAGUGUGGUAUGAAUCUCUACAGAAGCCAUCCUGGUGUCCACCUAACUGGGUGUUUGCUCCUGUUUGGGGAACUCUCUAUACGUCUAUGGGAUAUGGCUCCUACUUGGUGUGGAAAGAAUUAGGGGGCUUCAAUGAAAAAUCGGUGGUUCCUCUGGGUCUGUAUGCAGGGCAGCUGGCAUUAAACUGGGGAUGGACUCCAAUAUUUUUUGGAGCUCACAAAAUGGGAUGGGGAUUGGUGACUCUCCUGCUGGCAACUGGUACAGCAACAGCUACAACUGCUUCGUGGUAUAAUAUCAACAAAACAGCAGCUUAUUUGAUGGUUCCUUAUUUAGCUUGGCUAACCAUGGCUUCUGCGCUCAAUUACCGUAUCUGGAAGGACAAUCGCAACAAGAAACAAUCUGAAUAAACAGUUUUCAGCCAAAAAGAUUCACACCCCACACCCCCCCCCCGAAUUUUCUAAAUAAAGUAUGGCCUAAUUUUAUUUUUAGCUGAACUACUUAAAUCA